GCUGGAGCUCGGGCUCUGGGCGCCGCCGCUGCUGCACUCCGCCCUCGCUCAGUCCGCCGCCGGCCGGGGCUUUCCGUGCGCUCUGCUCCGGGGAGCCGCUCGCUAUGAACGCAGCCCGGGCCCUGCUCUCCGCCGUGUUCCUCAUCAGCUUCCUGUGGGAUUUACCCGGUUUCCAGCUGGCUUCCAUCGGCUCCUCCACCAAGGGCCCGAGGAGCCGCCGAGAGGCGAAGGUGGCCAGGUCCCCCAGAGGCAUCCCCGCCCUGGCCAGCCACCAGCCGCGGCUGCCGCAGGAGGCGCAGCCGGGGGGCAAAGCGCAGCAGCGAGCGGAGCCCCACGAGUACAUGCUGUCUCUGUACAGGACCUACUCCAUAGCGGAGAAACUGGGGAUCAAUGCCAGCUUUUUUCAGUCAUCGAAAUCCGCCAAUACUAUCACUAGUUUUGUAGACAGGGGACGAGACGAUCUCUCGCCCGCCCCGCUCAGGAGACAGAAGUAUUUGUUUGAUGUAUCGACUCUCUCAGACAAAGAAGAGCUGGUGGGAGCGGAGCUGCGGCUCUUUCGCAAAGCCCCCGGCCAUCGCCUCUCCCAGCCCUCGCCGGGCCUGUCCUCCAUGCAGCUCUUCCCCUGCCUCUCCCCCCGGCUCCUGGACGCCCGGACUCUGGACCCGCGCGAGGCUCCCCCGGCCGGCUGGGAAGUGUUUGACGUGUGGCAGGGGCUGCAGCAGCAGCAGCCCUGGAAGCAGCUGUGCCUGGAGCUGCGGGCCCCGGGGGGCCGGGGGCAGCAGCCGCUGCCGGACCUCAGGAGCCUGGGCUUCGGCAGGAGGGGCCGGGCGCAGCAGGAGAAGGCCCUGCUGGUGGUGUUCACCAGGUCCCCGCGGAAGAACCUGUUCGCCGAGCUGCGGGAGGAGCGGGGCUCGCCGCGGGAGGAGCGGGGCUCGCUGCAGCGCGUGCCGCAGGAGACCCAGCAGCAGUUCAAGACGCGGCGGAAGAGGCGGACCGCCUUCGCCAGCCGCCAUGGCAAGAGGCAUGGCAAGAAGUCCCGGCUCAGGUGCAGCAAAAAGCCCCUGCACGUGAACUUUAAGGAGCUGGGCUGGGACGACUGGAUUAUCGCCCCGCUGGAGUACGAAGCCUACCACUGCGAAGGGGUGUGCGACUUUCCGCUGCGAUCCCACCUGGAGCCCACCAACCACGCCAUCAUCCAGACCCUCAUGAACUCCAUGGACCCCAGCUCCACGCCUCCCAGCUGCUGCGUGCCCACCAAACUGACCCCCAUCAGCAUCCUCUACAUAGAUGCGGGCAACAACGUGGUGUACAAGCAGUACGAAGACAUGGUGGUCGAGUCCUGCGGUUGCAGGUAGCAGGCUGCUUUGCCGGUCUCCCCGGGGGAGAUCGAGGUGGUUUGGAGCUAUAAAUGAACUCAAAGGACAGGAGAGGGCUGGUCGAGUCUGAGGUCCCGGAAACUUCACCUAUGGGACGGGAGGGGAAUUCUCACAUGUUGGGUGCUCCUGCAAAACAGUCAAGGAUCUGCGGCGCGUGUGCAUUGGCUGGCGUGACCUGCAUACUUGAUAGGCUUGAAUGGGUGAGGAAUAGUUUGUGUAUCCAUCUCCCCUGUAUCCCUGCUCUCGACACAUUGGAAACCAGCGUUAAAACCAGCCAC